CGGAUCUGGACUGAUCACAUGAUGCAGCAAUUGGAAUAGAAUCUGGUUCAUCACUUCAGCCUAUCCAUUGGCUUAGGAUGACAACCAAAUGUCAUAUCCAAUCUGGAAUGAAGGUAAUCCUUGCAGUAGGAUUGCCAUUCACUGCUGCAAAAUCGGGGAUCUCUGUCACUGACGAUAGAGGCAUAAUGGGACUUUACAGAGGCCUUGGCAGUAACUUUGCCACUGCUGCUCCGAUUUCUGCCAUUUACACAUCCACCUAUGAAUCUGUCAAGGAAUUUCUCCUUCCCUGCCUGCCCAAGAAGUACCAUUCAGUUGCACACUGCGUUGCCGGUGGAUGUGCCAGUGUUGCUACUUCAUUCGUCUUCACACCAAGCGAAUGUGUGAAACAGCGCUUGCAAGUUGGUGGGACGUACACGAACAGCUGGGCAGCCUUGGUCGGAAUCCUUCAAUCUGAAGGCCUGUGUUCACUCUAUGCUGGAUGGGGAGCAGUUUUGUGCCGGAAUGUCCCACAGUCAAUAAUAAAGUUUUUGACGUAUGAGCAGCUGAAGCAGUGGGCUAUGCAGAACAACGACGGUGAUCGUCUUUCUCAUUUGCAAACGCUUGCGAUAGGAGGCACUGCAGGGUCAACAGCUGCGUUUUUCACAACUCCUUUUGAUGUUAUCAAGACACGACUGCAAACACAGGUACCAGGUCUUUCAGCAAAGUACAACGGAGUGGGUCAUGCUCUGACUACUAUUCUUGCAGAAGAAGGCAUCAGUGGACUGUACAGGGGUGUAGGACCAAGGCUUUUCAUUUAUGUGUCUCAAGGAGCAAUCUUCUUUGCAUCCUACGAGUUUGCAAGAAAGCUUCUUUCGACGGCAGUGUGGCCUCUGGCAACAAAUCAAGCAACCGAACGUUUGUCUGCUUAUGCGAGAGAGGUUGUGAAAGAGGAAGAAUGGAUCAGGACAAGCAUGCGAAGAAAGGAAGGCGGAGUGGCAAGGGUAAAACUGAGAAGCAGGGACAAAGGAUGAGGGGAACGUUUAUCGUUUGGGUAUAUGUAGAUAGACAAGGAAGUAUGCAUUGAAGAGUGUAGGUAGGGUUGUCUCGAAGUUGCGAAGGAGAGGGAGAGGGAGAGGAAAACACAGUGCUAGACUGCAUAGCGAAGCUGUGGUUUCAACGAGGAGCUGAUGUGAUCAGUACUGACCAUUAAGUUAUCAUGACCUUGGCUGGUCGGCAGGCUUAUAUUUCGACUGCCCAACUGUUUUUCGACUGUUAGUUGAACGACAUGUUGAUGAGGCGAAGCAAGACAAGGAGGAAGCAGAAGGUAGGUGCUUUUUGUAUAUUUGAAUGCAUCCCUUAGCAUUGAAUCACAUGGUUCAUUUUUGACGUCCAUGACCCGUAGACAGCGGAGGAUUCAUAGAGGUGUUCAAUAAGUGCAAAAUGCAAAUAUAAAUGAUGUUUUGUGAACUUCAAAGCUACCGCACAAUAGUGUGACGCAUUGGGUAGAACUUCAGCUUAUUCAUGAAGGACGGGGCGGAGCGGAGAAGCUAGGGCUUACCAAGAGG